AUGAAAUUCUCAAUUGCCCUACUGUCAUCGAUCCUUGCUGUCUGCUCAGUUACUACAGCUAGUCCAGUUUACCCCAGUUCGGCCACGAGUGCUGAGACCAGCACUCCAGCUGAUGGAUCUGACUCUCCAGAAUAUCCUACAUCAGCAGAUCUUAAGGAAUAUUGCGGUCCAUUCGAUGAUACUGAAGUGUCGUAUAUCAAGGACUCUGGAAAAACCCAUGCUAAAAUCGAAAAAAUGUUUAAAAAACUUGAACUCGUAAGUUAUUACAUUAGUUUUGAAAAAGGAUUGACUACUGAGCUGCAGCAAAAAGUCGAGACUAUGAAACAAACUUCGGACAAUGGGUUAAGUGCUGCCGAAGCCGAGCUUAAGAUGCAUAGCGGCAUUCUUGUAAAACUUGAAGCUGAGAAGCAGGAACGCAUGGAUAAAAGUUUGUCUUUGAUUGACGAAAAUAAGUUUUUAAUGGGAGAACUUAAACAGUACAUGAGUCUGGAUCCAUCAACGAAUGGUGAUCCUACUUCACCAAAAACAACUUCUGCGUAUGAAAAAUGUCACAAGUUCUUCCUUGAUAGUUUUAUGCAAGCAUUGCCAUAA